ACCCGAAAAUGGCGGAGUAUUUGGCAUCCAUUUUUGGUACAGAGAAAGAUAAGGUCAACUGUUCUUUCUACUUCAAAAUUGGUGCAUGCCGCCAUGGCGACCGCUGUUCCAGGUUGCACAACAAACCCACUUUCAGCCAGACCAUCUUGAUUCAAAACAUCUACCGUAACCCCCAAAACAGUGCACAGACAGCCGACGCGUCCCGCUGUAAGUCCUAUUACUCCACAGCAGGGCGACAGGGGGGCGGCUAGUUCACCCCCUCUUUUUUUGUUAUGAUUCCGGCUCCUCCCGGUGUAGGUCCAGCUCAAAGCCUCUUGUGAAGAGGCAGCCUCAGCACUGUUAAACAGGGCUCCCAACCUUCCAGCACAUCACCUGCUCAUGGAGAACAUUCAGAGCACCCCCGCUCGCUAUGGCAGCAAUGCAAGUCGGCAAUGCACCCCUCUCUCCCAAAUGAAAAAAGAAUGCAAUAGGUAGCAAAGAGCCUGAGCGUAAUCUAUCCUCAUGUUGAGCCCUGUGUAGCAGAGCUGAUGCUUUGCCUCCUGCACAGGUAAGUAUUGUCUAGGGAUGUGAUCUGGGCCAUGGUGUUGCAGUGUGGGCACGACCAUGUCCUCCGCUAACCUCCGCUUUACUUUCUCCACAAGGGGCUCAGAACUCUGCCUGACCACAUCCUGUGAAAUUGGUGUUGUCAUUCCUAUCACGGACCAACCCAGCACGUAGAUAUGAUAUUAUUGUUUAGGGCAUAUGUGCCUUAUUAGUGGCGUGUAAAGCACCUUUUUUGUAUACAUGCACACAUAAUGUAUAUAACAGUUGUUUGUGUGCAUUUGUAAAUUGGUAUGUGUAAAAGAACAUGCAUACAUACAUACAUACAUACAUACAUAUAAAAAUAAAAAGUAAAAAAAUGUUGAUAAAAAUGAACUGUUUUCUGUUGUCUAGAGUUCAUGCAGAGUUCUGCUCACUUGAUAUUUUCAGCUUCUCCAGAUGUUCGGUUUCGUGGAGUCAUCUAAUCCCCCUUCUUUCCCCCCAGACCAUUGCCCUCUUGAACAUUUACCGUAACCCACAAAACAAUGCCCAGUCUGCUGAUGGUUUACGGAGUGCUGUAAGCGAUGUGGAAAUGCAAGAGCAUUAUGAUGAGUUCUUCGAGGAGGUCUUUACGGAGAUGGAGGAGAAAUAUGGAGAGGUGGAGGAGAUGAACGUGUGUGAUAACCUCGGUGACCAUCUAGUCGGAAACGUUUAUGUCAAGUUCCGCCGUGAGGAGGAUGCAGAGAAAGCUGUGAUGGACCUGAACAACCGCUGGUUCAACGCCCAGCCCAUCCAUGCAGAGUUGUCACCCGUCACCGACUUCAGAGAAGCCUGCUGUCGACAAUAUGAAAUGGGGGAAUGCACAAGAGGCGGCUUCUGUAACUUCAUGCAUCUGAAGCCCAUCUCUCGGGAGCUCCGGAGGGAACUGUAUGGGCGCCGCAGGAAACGGCACCGGUCGCGCUCACGUUCCCGUGAACGCCGUUCUCGUUCUCGUGACCGAGGCCGCCGUGAUCGUGAAAGGAAGAGGUCGAGGGAUCGGGAACGUUCUGGAAGAUUCUAACGCACCUCUUCUCAUCUCUCCGUGUUCCCUUGUCCCUUCAGUUCUGAACCAUUCAACCCGAUCAAAAUUCAUUUCAAAUGUUGGGCUUUUUUUCUUCUCGAUUAUUCCAUUUACUCUUUUUUUUUUUUUAAUAACUCAAGAAGCCUGAUUUCUCAAUAAAUUACUUUGUAGUUA